AUGAAAAUCACCUACGGACAAUGUGGGGACGUUCUGAGGUCGCUGGGGCAGAAUCCGACCAACGCUGAAGUCAUGAAAGUCCUCGGACGGCCAAAACCAGAAGAACUGAACACUAAACUGAUGGACUUUGACACCUUCCUGCCCAUGAUGCAGCACAUCUCCAGGUCCAAGGAGAAGGGAACCUACGAGGACUUUGUAGAGGGAUUGCGCGUCUUCGACAAAGAAGGCAACGGCACCGUCAUGGGCGCUGAGAUCCGGCACGUCCUGGCGACUCUAGGUGUGGAGGCAAAUUAUUUAAGGUGGACUUUUGACCGUCCAAAUCUUUAUGCGUACAUUCCUGACCUACAACAAUUCUCAGAGAAGGUCCAACUUUUACCAUUCCUUGGCACCAGUCAGUGGCCUUGCGUAGGCCGAGACACACAUACCUGGAUUCAGUUUGCAGGAGGUUCCUUCAACAGCUCACAGGUUUGGACUUUGACCCAAACCCCGUCGAAGUGA